AUGGUUAAUACAAGAUUUAAGACAUCCUUUUGCAAUAUCUGCUUCUGCAACUUCAACAUACUAAGGGAUUGCCCCAAUGACAUUAAGGAAGCAGUCUCAACUCUAAUAUUUGUUGCUGCAAGAUGUGCAGAUUUGCCUGAGCUUCAAACGCUACGAAAACUAUUUGGAGAGUGUUACGUGAAUGAUUUUGCUAUGGGCGCUGAAGAAUUUUUUGCUUCCCUCGGCAUGAUGAAAUUCUUAUUCAGCUUGUUGCUACAUGGAGUCAUGGAAACAGCAUAUCUGUAUAGUAGGAAUAACUUGGAAAUCAUUAAGUUUAUAGCCAUGGACAUGCUCGUUUGAGUCUCCUCUUGAAGGUUGCAUUGUAGGAUGCACAUAUAAAUGAGCUUGAGAAGUAGGCUUGUAUCGGUCUGGUGUAUGAAUCCAUGUUUUCCCUAUUAGGCAGUCUGGCUUCUUCUUCUUUUUCUUCUUCUUCUUUCCAUCAAUUUAGUUGGAAUUUUGUGUCU